ACUGAAGCUUUCUCUGAAGCUUAAUGCUCAAGAUGAAGUUCUUACUAGUGGUCUCCUUUUUUGUCUUGUUCUCCUUAUGGAUUGAAGAAGUCUGUUCCAAAGAGAAAUCUUCAAAGAAAGGAAAGGGAAAAAAGAAGCAGUACCUAUGCCCGUCCCAGCAAUCAGCUGAAGAUCUUGCAAGAGUACCUGUUAAUUCUACCAGCAAUAUCUUGAAUAGGCUAUUGCUCAGUUAUGAUCCCAGGAUAAGACCAAAUUUCAAAGGAAUUCCUGUUGAUGUUGCAGUCAACAUCUUCAUUAACAGCUUUGGGUCAAUUCAAGAGACAACUAUGGAUUAUAGAGUCAACAUCUUUCUAAGACAGAAGUGGAAUGACCCCAGACUCAAAUUACCCAAUGAUUGGAGGGGUUCAGAUACACUGACAGUGGACCCAACAAUGUUCAAGUGUCUCUGGAAACCAGACUUGUUCUUUGCAAAUGAAAAAAACGCUAACUUCCAUGAUGUCACUCAAGAAAAUAUACUUCUUUUUAUAUUUCGGGAUGGAGAUGUCCUAGUCAGCAUGAGAUUAUCUAUUACUCUGUCAUGCCCUUUGGACUUGACCUUGUUUCCUAUGGAUACACAGCGCUGCAAGAUGCAACUGGAAAGCUUUGGUUACACAACUGAUGACUUACGCUUUAUCUGGCAAUCUGGAGAUCCUGUGCAGUUAGAGAAAAUUGCUCUGCCUCAGUUUGACAUUAAAAAAGAGGAUAUUGAAUAUGGUAACUGUACCAAAUAUUAUAAAGGCACAGGUUAUUAUACUUGUGUAGAAGUAAUCUUCACUUUAAGAAGACAAGUUGGAUUUUACAUGAUGGGUGUUUAUGCUCCUACACUGCUUAUUGUUGUUCUAUCCUGGCUGUCAUUUUGGAUCAAUCCUGAUGCAAGUGCUGCAAGAGUCCCACUGGGUAUUUUCUCAGUGCUCAGCUUGGCAUCUGAAUGUACUACUCUUGCUGCUGAACUUCCCAAAGUGUCUUACGUGAAGGCUUUAGAUGUCUGGCUGAUUGUUUGCCUUCUCUUUGGGUUUGCAUCGCUGGUGGAAUACGCAGUGGUUCAGGUAAUGCUAAACAAUCCAAAGAGAGUUGAAGCUGAAAAAGCAAAGAUUGCCAAGGCAGAACAAGCAGAAGGGAAAGGUGGAAAUGCUGCCAAAAAGAACACUGUGAAUGGUACAGGGACUCCUGUCCACAUCAGCACUUUACAGGUUGGUGAGACGAGAUGCAAAAAAGUUUGCACUUCGAAAUCUGAUCUGAGAUCCAAUGAUUUCAGCAUUGUUGGAAGCUUACCGAGAGAUUUUGAAUUAUCAAAUUAUGACUGUUAUGGGAAGCCCAUUGAAGUCAACAAUGGGCUCGGGAAAUCUCAAGCCAAGAACAACAAGAAGCCUCCUCCUCCCAAGCCCGUCAUACCAUCAGCAGCAAAGCGAAUUGAUCUUUAUGCAAGAGCACUGUUUCCCUUUUGCUUCUUGUUCUUCAACGUCAUAUACUGGUCCAUAUAUUUAUGAUAAACCUUUUUUUUUUGGUAUGUGUAAAAUAUAUCCCAUCUCAUUACUCCUUCCCAGUCAUGAAGGCCACUGUGUGAAAUUAUUUGCAUUUUCAAAGCAAUAUGUUGCAUUUUGAUGCCAUGUGAUUGUACGGAAAAUAUGGCAUCUGAAAUUUGAAUGAAAGCAUGACACCGCAAUGUCUGUGUUCCAACCAACGUUGUGUAUAGAUGUACAGCAUACUUCCUGCUUUAGGAAUUCAUGAAGGAUAAUGCAUACUACAUUAUGAAAUUGAGUAACUCUCUUCAGUUAUUAGUAACUUACAGAGAUUUAAAGUGUUUCUGACAAUGAAACUGAUGUGCACGUUGAGUAUUAUUAAAAUCAGUAUUCUAGUAUAUGUAGUAUUUAACAGCUUUUCUGAUGACUUUCCAAGAAAAAAACAUAUUGUUCCUGUAUGAUUUUAGAUGGCGCUGUUGAAGAAAAAACCUAAGUUGUAAUUCAUAUGAUUUAGACUUUGUAAGUGAGGACAGUAUUGAAUAAGCUGAUCUUGUCUGUGCAAAAAUAAAGAUCAGAGAAUUACUAAUUUUGUAAAAUCAGCUUAUUUAGAAAUAUUCAACUGUAUGCAUCCAGCAGCACACUUCAGAAGUGUGUGAGAAUAUGCUGACAAUAAAAUGUUGGGCCAAAUUUUUACUAGCUAUUUCCUUAGGCGCAAGCUAGACAUACUAUGUCAAAAACAGAGAGGCCGCUUUCUAGACUAAAGGUAUCAGGAGUUUUGGAGAAACAUCACAACGUACAGUUAAGUAUCAGGAUAUAUUAUAUGUUUUUACAUGACUCUAUCCUCUGGCUUAUCUUCUUUAGCGUCUUGCAAGCCUGCAGUAUAUAAGUCACAAUUUAUUUCUUGUUGAAUUUGGUAUGUCUUACUCAUUUUAUUUUGUUUAUCCUCUUGAAGUUUGAAAGCCCUCAGUUUAAAGAAACCAGUCAUUCCCAGGUUAAAUCGCAUUUUUAUCACCAGUUAUACUUGUUUGCCUAAGUUCACACCACUAAUAGAAGGGAAGAAAUGUUGAAGGGUCUGAGGGGCUGAGACUCUUAAAUAUGUAAAGAAUCCUUAUCUGUAUACCAGAGAGGUAUUAAUAACGUCACCAACUCAAUGUAUUUAGUUGCUCCUUUUUGGAAGAUAAGGUCUGAAACAUUAAACAGUUCUGAGAGACUGCUGUCUGUUUUCCAGAGGAAACCACAUGACGUUAGGACCAUAGAAAUUCCCUAGUGUGUGUAGGACAGGAGUCAAUACUUGUGGUCUCUAGUGGAUGGCAGGAUACGCCCCUUUGUAAUGCUAAAUCAUGAGGUGAGACAGUAAAACGAAAGUUUCCUGUAGGUAUGGUAUCCAAACUGUGUAUAUUGUCCAGGAACACACAGGUGCUAUGCCUCAGCCCUUGUGAGCAUACCAUAGAGAAACAGUUUUCUGCUUGUAGAAUUGGGGCAUAACAUUUGGUUGAAAUAUUAAAAUAAGACAGCUUUCACUAACUUGGCAAUGCGUAGAAGGAAAUAGAAAUUAUUUCCUCCUCAUGAGAAAGGAAGGAACUGAAUUAAAUAACUGAAACAGUCUCUAAGGUUAAAACAGGUAAAAUCACUUACGUUGUGCUGCAUUUCUAGCUUACACGGGAUGUGUAGAGCAAGUUCCCACCCUGCGUGGACUAUCGUAUCACUUCUGUGUUGCUGUCUGCCAUGUGAACACUGGCCAUAUGCAGUGAGCAUGCACAAUCAGAAGGUCAAAAAUCUGAAUAAAAAGAACAAAGCAAGUCACACUGGAUUCAAUAGACAUUUGACAGAUCUGCACGCACACAGUUUUUAUUAACCACAGCCAUUUUAAGAUCCACAGCUGAAUACUGGUUUUAGAUGAAAUCUGUGCAAAGUCUGUAUUUCAGGUCUACUGCCACUUAAAAACCUAGCUGGCUUUCCAUGUUUGAGGUUCGCCAUAGUUAUUGGCCUGAUAUUUUUGAUAACUCUUAUGAUGCACAUUCCUACAGAUGCCUCUCAUUCCUGAUGAUAGAAGAGGCAAGUCAUAUCAGAAUUGAAAAGAGGUAUUGUUUAGAAUAUGGGUAACUCACUCACAGCCUGCUUUCUUGCCAUUUGCUCAUCGACAUUUGAGGGACUACUUCACUAGGCAGUCACAGUUUAGCCUUUGGAUUUCUUUCUGAUUAGAGGAAAUCUCAAUUGUUGCUGAAUUGUGUUGACCUGAAAAGGUUACUGGGGGCAAAAUCUAAUACCAUUAAGGUCUACUUCAAAGCUUCGAUAUUUUUUUCUAUUAAAAGUAUUGGGGGAAUUGUUAGAGACUCUUAAGAAGUAAUAAGGAUAAUUCAAAGAGAGGAAGUAAGGGAGGCAUAACUUUUUUGCAUACAAUCAAGAGUGCUAUAUUUAUAGACAUUAUUUAUUCUCAUACUUGUAUUUUUUCUUAUGGUAUUAGAGGAAAAGAAAAUAAUUACCCUGUGUUGGAAAUUAUUUGACUUUUGGAAUAUGAUUUGGUUGUUAGAACUCUUAUAAGAUGAUUUAUCUGUAAUUAAUGUCCACAUUUUAUCUGUAUAAUCUCAAUUAUAGAUUUUAUUGUUAAAUUAA